CGGGUCCCGGUGCGGCGGAGCAGCCAUGUCCUUCUGCUCCUUCCUGGGGGGAGAGGUGUUCAAGGACCACUUCCAACCGGGCAUCUACGUCUGUGCCAAGUGUGGCCAUGAGCUGUUCUCCAGCCGAUCAAAGUACGAGCACUCGUCCCCAUGGCCGGCGUUCACCGAGACCAUCCAUGAGGACAGUGUGGCCAAGCGGCUGGAGCGGCCGGGAGCCCUAAAGGUGUCUUGUGGCAAGUGCGGCAAUGGGCUCGGCCAUGAGUUCCUCAAUGAUGGGCCGCAGAGGGGCCAGUCCCGCUUCUGAAUAUUCAGCAGCUCGCUGAGGUUCAUCCCAAAAGGCAAAGCAGACAAGGACCUGAAGGAGAAGUAAGCCCAGUCCUGCUCUACCUGCACGCUGCUCUUGGGCUCAUCCUGCAUUCACCUUGGGGUGCUCCAUCCAGUCAAGGGGCCCUCACCAGCUAGAGGAACCCCAGAGAAGCUCCUGGUGUCCCUGGGCUGGUUCCUUCUCUGUGCUGCUCUGAUUUGGGGUGCU